UGUAAUAUUCAGCCCAAGAGAAGGGCAGUAGAGUAAUUUCGCAAAAUUCAAACCAAGAACACAAAGGGGGGGGAUAUGGAUCAUACCACUAACCGUCGAAACCGCUACUCAUGUUAAGUGGGAGAAACCAAAAUCCAGUGUACGCAAGCGCACAGAAUCAUCAAACUACUUCACUUCCACGUAGCUAAGAAACGAAACACAAUAACAUCUAAUCCACCGAUCAAAAUCUCAUCCAAAAUCUAAUGGCUAAACCUCUUAACACUUCCAUGGAGCCAAGCAUAGAGCAGCAGAAGCAAUUGAUCAACAAAUGCAAGAACAAAGAUAAAAAGUUCAUAACUUUCUCAUACCCCAUUUCACGCUACCCUUCACUUUGAAGAAGAAGUUGAAUUGAAAUAGAAAGGGAUUGUUCAAGAAAUGGAGAGGAAAAGAGAUGGAACGCAGAUGAAGAAAGGGCCUUGGAGUGUUGAAGAAGAUGAGGUUCUGAUGAACUAUGUUAACAAGUUUGGUCCAAGAGACUGGAGCUCCCUUCGAUCCAAAGGACUUCUCCCUAGGACUGGAAAAUCCUGCCGUCUCCGUUGGGUUAAUAAACUUCAACCCAACUUGAAGACAGGAUGCAGGUUUUCAGCAGAUGAGGAGAGGGUGGUGAUAGAAUUACAGGCACAGUUCGGGAAUAAAUGGGCGAAAAUCGCUACGUAUUUGCCGGGAAGGACGGAUAAUGAUGUGAAGAAUUUCUGGAGUACAAGGAGGAAAAGAUUGGGACGGAUUUUGCAAACCCCACCACAGAAAUCUCAGAAACAUAACCAGAAAAUUUCAGAAUCUCGAAGACUUCAUCAUGUAUUGCCUGAUUUAGAGGUUCCUACCUCCGUCUCCUCUCAGCUGGAGAAACGAUCAUCAACCUGGAACGAUCAUUUCGAGAAUGAAUUCGAGUUAGGAAACGCAGAGAUGCAUAAAAUGGCAUCGUUAUCAGUACAGUCAAAUAUGAUAGCUAUGGAAACUGAGAAUCAAAUAUUUGGAACUCCAUCCAUACACAUGCUAGCACCCUUUGACCCUUUUCCUCAUUGUUGCAUCUCCCAAAUCACCCAAUCCUCACAAGGGAUCGGAAUGGUUCCAGACUGCCUCGGACUGGCGCCACACCACAUUGCUUCCAAUUUGCAAGACGGGCUUGAGCCAGGCCAGACUUCAAAAAUAGAAAGCUCCCUGCAGUUCAUGAGCAGUUCAAUGCCUAAAGAACAAGAUAUGAAAGCAGAAAGUAGUUUAGAAGUUGAGAAUGGAAACCCUUACCAUGCAACAGUUGUUGAUUGCUUUGACGAUUUCUCAGCUGAUUUGUUUGACUUUUUUUAUCAACCUCCCCCUUCAUUUUAACAGAAACAUGGAUAUCCAAGCUCCACUAGCUCAAUAGACAAUACAUCCCUGUCAUAGUUUAUUAGUUUGCUAUUUUCCUCGGUGUCUCUGGUUGAAUUGUGUAGCUUACUUCCUGGGUGCUAUUAUCAAAGUAUCUGGAGUAUAUCUCUUAUCAACAACCGAGGUGUUCAACGUAGUUAAGGGUGCGAUCAUACUGGCACUAAUGCACCAGAUUUCAUCAGAAGU